AUGGCGGACAUGCAGGAGGCCACACGCAAUGUCUAUCAGCGUGUGCGGAACUUGGAUGCCGCAAAUGCAUCCAAGCUAGUGGGGUGGCUGCUGAUGCAGGACCAUGCGGACGAGGAGAUGCACCGGCUAGCAAUGGGCUCAGAUGCGGUCCUGAUGUCGAUUCUCUCGAAAGCUAGAAAAGAGCUCGGCCUGACCCCCCAAAUCAGCCCCCACCAGCUGCAAUCCGGUCUUGACGCCUUCUUCUCCCAAGGUCUCAGCGGCCUCAGCCUGGACCCUUAUUCCAACGGCCUCCGCAGUCCUGCCCAGUCCCCAAAGCCCUUUCAAAACGGCUACUUCCACAGCCAGAACAGCCUCCCCCCUGAGAGAAACUUCUUCCCGCACGACGAGCUGAACCACCGGCUGGCUGCCAGGCUCGGCAGCGGCAGCUUCCCCAAGGGGGGGGGGUCUUACGAGCUCAGCCGGAGCCUCGACACUGGGGGGUUGACCAUCCCCAGUCUCGACAUGACGUACUCGAACGGGGGCCAUGGGUGGAAACCGUGCAUGUAUUAUGCGCGAGGGUUCUGCAAGCACGGCGCGAGCUGCAAGUUUCUGCACUCCCCCGGAUCCAGCCCCAGUCCACGAAUGGGGGGGUUGGACCAGUAUGACCAGGAUGGGUUCUCUCUAGAAGAUGGGACCCCCCUGGAGCAUUUGGAACUCGAGUUGAGGGCGUUGUUGACGGGGAGACCCCCCGUCAGCAUGGCGUUGCUGCCACAGUUAUAUGCGGAGCGGUUUGGGAAGGUGUUACGGGCGAAGGGGUACGGGAAGGCGGGGCUCUCGCUGACGCUGCUCCUGGAGAAGAUUGGUGGGAUCAUCUUCCUAGAAAGGCCGGACGGAUUCAAAGUGGUCUGCCUCGCAGAGGACGCCGGCCGGUACAGCAUUAAGAACGGAAUCGACCCGGAAGCCGAACGGAGCAACCGCCAGAUUUACCUCACCUUUCCCGCCACCAGCGUGUUUGGAGAGCAGGACGUUCGGGACUACUUCAGCCGCUUCGGCAAAGUGGAGGACGUUCGGAUCCCGUACCAGCAGCAGCGCAUGUUUGGCUUCGUGACCUUCUCCGGCCCCGACGCUGCACGGGCCGCCCUCGCCGCAGAGAACCCCCACCAGAUUCUCGAAGCGUUCGUCCUCGUGAAGCCGUACAAGUUCAAGGGGAAGGCAGCGGAGCACCACCGGAAGAUGCUCUCCCCCAAGGAAAACUACCACGUGCCGCCCAGAAUCCAGCGGCAGCGCUUCCCCAACGGGCCGCAAGAGAACCUGAUCAGCCCAGGCUCUGGUUCGGGCUCCGACUCGCCCUCCAGCCUGAACUACCACAGCUACGAGACGGACGAGGCCCUCAACCGGCGGCUACAGGAGGAAGAAGCGGAGCGCGAGAACGAGCGCCGCCGGGCUGCCGCGCUCGCGAUCGGGGACGCGCAGCGGAGGCGGCUUGAGGCCGAGGCCAGCAUGCACCGGGCGGAGUCGCUGCAGAACCGGAGGCUAGAGGGCAGCGAAUUUCAGCUGGAGCUGAACACGUUUCAGUCGGACAACCCGUUCGGAUACCUGCUGAACGAUAACGAGACCGAGUCGGAGGACAGCGACAAGCGGAGCCAUGGCGAAAACCACCAGAGCCACGGCCUGUGGCCCGAGCUCGAGGAGGGCCUCGGGGGAUCCCCCGGGCACAAGUGGGACAUCCCGCGGAAGAACGGCCUCAACGGAAGCCUCAACGGCGUCAACGUGGCGCGCUCGGGGUCGCCCCUCCAAAACGGGUCCUCCCUGUCCGGGAUGACGGACCAUGACCUCACCUGCUGCAUCUGCUUAGAGUACUACGAGGAGCCCAUCGGCCUGGAUUGCUCGCACACGUUCUGCGUGAAGUGCAUUUCUCAGGUGAUCAAAGCUACCCGCGAUGAGUGCCCCAUGUGCCGUCAAAAGCUGAGCCCGGCCAUUCUCCGGUUCCUCGAGACGCGCGACCCUCACUGGACUGCGCCCCACGCACACCUGAAGAGCAUGUUCCGCUACCAGGGCCAGGUCGUGCAGCAACCGGGGCUACCAGUUUGGUGAUUGCAUAACACGAGGCAGUAAUUACAAUUGAAAGGUUGUUGUUUGGAGUUGAAAAGGGGGGCGGGUGAUCGUGGGUUACAAGCCCACCGGUGGUAUUGAAGGGGGUUUGUUGGGUUGGCGCAGUCCCACAUUUGAGGUGCGAUUUGUCUGUGGUGGUUUUUGUUGAGCCGCGACACUUAUUUCUCAGGUGAAAGCCUCCAAAAUAGGAAUACAGGUGACAGUCGAAGUUGUGACAUACGAUUGUAUUUAGCCAAGAUACCAGACUCUGACGAGAAAGCGCUUAGAUCUGACCGAAAACAACACGAACCGACUCGCGCGAAAUUGGAUUGCGAGGUCCCCUGUUUUCUGGGGAAGUAGGUGCAGUGGGACGUUUGGCACCUUGGCAUUGACGUGGCGAACCGGAUCUAAGCAGAAUACGGGUACAAUGACUAGACAGAAACCAUUAAAGAAAGGGCAGCUCUUGCGCUCGGGCUAGUCCCGAGCUCUGAGUGAUGCUACCAUUAUUUCAAUAGUAUUCAAUAGGCACUAGGACGCUUAGGCUAGAACAGUCGAGUGGAUCUUCGAAUAAUCCGUUCAAGUAGGAGAAACCAAUUCGCUGUAGCAGCUACAAAGGUCGUGGCAAAGCAGCGGAGCGGUUGAUUUGCGUGUUGUUAGCAUAUGCUUCUGCGAACAUUUCUGUAGAAGCGAGAUUUUGAUGUCGACGGUUGGUGACAAGCUAAGGAGAUCUAGUUACAGUGAGCAGCAAACUUAAGUACAGCGCAAUGGCAGUGCAGAGUUAUUUCAAACUUUGUUUGCAGCAUAUGAUAAUCUUGAGAAAGUUUUGUUGUCAACGUAGGCACCUCUAAUCAAACACACCCCGACUUUGUCUUUUAGAGUGAACCUGUCUCCCCUCGUUUCUCGUAUAACAUGGCCGCCGAUGUAGUCCUUGGCAGGUUUCAAUCCAAGAG